UUGUCGUCCAAGAUACCAGACAACAAUCACCACACUUCACCUAUUAAUAGCCACCAAACCACCCGUUUAAGUGUAUGUGAAUAUCAGAAGGAAGAAAAUGGGGAACGAAUUAUUGGUUUUUGUGGUAAUGGUGAUUGUGCAAUUAGCGUUUGCUGGAAUGAUAAUAAUAUCAAAGCUAGUUAUGGAUGGCGGAAUGAAUGCUUUCGUUCAAUCAGCUUAUAGGCCUAUGUUUGCCACCAUCUCCAUUGCUCCCUUUGCGUACUUCUUGGAGAGGAAAACUAGACCCAAGUUGACGCGCUCUAUUCUUUUCCAGAUAUUUUUGUGUUCUAUUUUCGGGAUAACAGCGAACCAAAACAUAUAUUUCAUUGGGAUAAAGAAUUCAACUCCAACAAUUGUUUCCGCCAUUGAUAAUCUAAUCCCAGCUUUCACGUUUAUCAUAGCCGUACCCUUGGGGGUUGAAAAAUUGGGGUUGAGAAGUAUAGCAGGACAAGCCAAGUUUUUGGGGACAAUAAUAUGCGUUGGAGGUGCCAUGCUACUGUCAUUAUAUCAUGGCAAAGUGGUUAUUGGUCAAUUGGGAUAUCACUGGAAAUAUGCAGAAAGUACAGGGAAAGAUGUCAAUUCUGCCCAUUCCAACUUCUUUUUAGGACCCUUUCUACUUAUAUUGUCCAGUCUUACUUAUGCCAUUUGGUUAAUCAUUCAGGCAAAGGUAAACAAGAAGUAUGCAGCUCCGUAUACAUCCACAAUGUUGAUGUGCCUAAUGGCAAGUGUGGAGUGCGUCAUCAUUGGCAUUUGCGUCGUCCCUAAAGUUUCUGAAUGGGCUUUAAAUCCCAUUAGAGCUAUCUCAGUUAUCUAUAAUGGAGUUGUGGCGACGUCAUUUACAUAUUUCUUGAGCUCGUGGUGCAUUGAGAAAAAAGGUCCUUUAUAUGUCUCGAUGUUCAACCCAUUGCUGUUAGUUAUUUCCGCAUUUCUCAGUUUUUCGCAAAAUUUCUCGCUUGACUUUGCCAUUUCACAAAUUAAUAGAUUAUCGGAAUAUAUCGUAAGAAGCUAA